AUGGGUUUGUUUGAGAUCCUAGGUACUUAUGGUACCACUACCACCAAAAAUGAGCAGCUUUCAAGUGGAACCAAUCAUUCCCAAACAUCCUUAUCGCCAAAGAAAAUAAAAAAAAAAAACAGCAAGAUGAAUUCUAAUUUAAAAGAAAGUACAUCACAGGGUUCAAUUAACACUUUUCAAUCUUCUAUUAACUCAAAAGGCGAAGGAAAUGGAUUUGAUAACAAUUCGAGUAAUAAUUUUAAUGACAAUAAUGGAGCUUAUAACAAUAUAGUUGUGCCCAAAAUAUUAGAACGCGAAGUUGGUGAAUGUCUAAAACAAAGAUCAAAAAUUAUAUCUAUAAUCAACUCGCAAGGCGAUGGAGAGGGGGAGGAGGAGGAGAAGAAGAAGAAGAGUGAGGGAGAAGAACAAAAUGAUUUUGGGGACAAACGUCUUAUUUUUUGUGAUAGAUUUAUUGGAUUACCAGAUCUAAUUCAUUCAACCUAUCCUCAUAAAUUCACCAAAAAAUCCGUAGGAGAGUAUUUCUAUAUAACAGGGCUUGAUUUUAGCAAUGAAGAUCUACCAAUUGCAUUUAUAUCUAUGUUGUACAAAAAUUAUAAUGGAACUAGUGGGAAUACUAUAAAUCGAAAAUUUGUGAAAAGUGACCUAGAAGCAUCACAAGAAGAAAUAAGGAAGACAAGGAAGCCUAGUAAAUCUAUUAUUACUAUUUGUAGUUAUAAUUUAUUUAGUAAAAAUGAUGUUUCAAUAAAAAUUGAUAUGGAAAAUUGCACAUAUGAAACGUACAUAUUGGAGAACGGCGACAUUGCCGGUGACAUCACUUUGCAUGGCACUAAUGUAAUAUCCAACGUGUGGGAUGAGGUUUUCGUUAGCGGGGUUAUUAGGUGUGUUAUGUUUAAUAUUGAUAAAGAAUGGAAAUUACCUGGAAUGGUUGAAUUAUCCGGAUUAUUUAACAACGGAAACAAUUACUCGCAGAGCAUUUUAACCAAAAUUUUGGAUAUGUUGCCCAGAAGUUUAGAAACUGGUUGUGAUUUCAGCAAAGACAAUGAAUUAAAUUGGUUGAAUAAUUAUUUAGUCAAGACUUUUUCACAAAUCUUGGUCAUUAUGCCACAUCUUUAUGAUUGGUGUAUUUACGAAAUCAAACUUAGGUUGAAAACACACAUAGUCUAUGAGUUAAUUUUAGCUCAAGUUUUAUUAGACUGCGGAUUUAAGGAAUUAGAGUUUAUGGAGUUUAUUAAUAUGAAAAUUGGGACAUAUUAUGAGCUUUAUAGGAACGGUGAUCAUGGCACGGAGCUAGGAGAAAAAAUUUUACCACUUUUUUUAAAUUUACAGUUGCAUUAUUUGCUUAACUACAAGGUUGAUUAUGAAUUGGCUUACCCUCUGGCAUCGUUCUGUGUGAAAAAUUUUCCGUUGAACUAUCCAAUGUGGGAAAAAUUAGCACUUGUUUUAAUAAAAUUGAGUAAGUUCAAAGAAGCCUUGUAUGUGUUAAAUUCAAUGCCAUAUUUGUUAAAAGAAGAUCCCAUCAAAUCGAAAUACAUUAAGAUUAUGACACCGAUUGUAAAUGCUUAUUACUGCAUGCCCCAGCAUAAAUCAUUUUACAUUGGCAAUUUAAAUAGAACUGAUCUGAACUUAACGUCAAAUGAGAUUGAUACCGUAGCCACAUUUUAUGAUAUAAAAUAUGAUAAAGUGGAGGAAAUAAGCUUUGGUAGAAUAAUUAUGCCAUAUCCCACAGUCGGUUUCAUAGAAAAGAUCUGGAAAGACAGCGGUGACGAAUUGGGACCAAUCUGUUUUGGUGAAAAUUGUUUUAAUUUGAUGAAUUAUGUAUCUAUGAAAGAAGUUCAAUCCGUAGGUGAUUUGAAAAUAUUAAAGCGGAACCAUUGUAAUGCACAAUACACUAAUUCUACGUUAAAGUUUGGUUAUAAUGCUUUAGUGGAAAUAUCACAAAAAAUGGGGUGGAAGAACUUUUUAGAUCUCAGAUCCAGUAUUUUUGUAAUGAGCUUCGAAGCCAGCGAGCGACUUGCCAAAACAAAAAACAAACGUAUAUGUGAAGAGUGGCUUGAACAAUUGUUUAUAGACCUAUACGAGGAUUACAAAAUUGUAUUAGAAUAUCAGCGACAAGAAAAAGAGGAACAAGAAAGUAAUAAAGCUAGGACUGGUAUUGAAUGGGAAUUAUUGGGACUAACGUUAUUAAGAACACAUUAUUAUGAAGAUGCGUUAGUUUGUUUAAGAACCAGUAUGGAAGAAAGGUUUGACCCUUUUGCAGCACAAGAUCUUAUAGACUUAUAUCUAUUAAUAUACACUGAUAACGUGCGCAAAAUAACUGAGGAUAAAUUUUUAGGUGUCUUAAUAAAACUAUUAUCAUAUGAAAGUAGAUUUUACAAUUACUUGCAAAUUCCUACCAUUUUGGUAUUUCAAAAGCUGCUAUUGAAUGAAUCCCUUUCUUUGAGAGAAAAGGGUGUUGUCAAUACUGACGUUAACAAUAUCAGUGUCGAUAGUAAUAUUGAUGAUAUUGAGACUCUAAAGAAUAAAUGUUUGGCUCUAUCCUUUGUAAGAAAUAAUAAAUCUUUAAUUUCAAUGAUGGAUAUUAUUUUUAAUACGUUACCAAAUAAUGAUGAUACACAUAACGUGUAUUAG